CCCCCGCCUCCUUUCUCAGGCAGCUUGGGUCUCCCUGGGAGCGGGUCUGCCCUUGGGGGAGGCCUCUCAGCUCUGUGCCUUGCAGCUCCGCUGACAUUCAGGGCUGACGGAAGAGGGGCUUGGCGCCCCCCGCAUGCACAUGUGCUAGCCCAGGCAGGAGGGAGAGCCUCCGCGGAGGAGUCCAGAAAGAGUGGGAGGGAGACACUCGCCAGAAUCUUGGUCCCGGGCGCCCAGGUCGGCCGCAAAGGAGCUGCAGCCUCCAACAGGAAGCUGUGCGUCUCUGGUAUGCUACCUGCUCUGCGCAUUGACUGAAGACCCCUGCACCCCAGCUCUGCUAAGAAGCAAAGGUUGGCACCUCUCGGGAGACAGGACUGCCUGGGGCGCUGCAUGCAAACUCAGCUGUGGGCGAGGGCGCACUAACCAGUCACAGGCAUGGACUUCGUCAUGAAGCAGGCCCUUGGAGGGGCCACCAAGGACAUGGGGAAGAUGCUGGGGGGAGAGGAGGAGAAGGACCCCGACGCGCAGAAGAAGGAGGAGGAGCGGCAGGAGGCGCUGCGGCAGCAGGAGGAGGAGCGCAAGGCCAAGCACGCGCGCAUGGAGGCGGAGCGCGAGAAGGUCCGGCAGCAGAUCCGAGACAAGUAUGGGCUGAAGAAGAAAGAAGAGAAGGAGGCUGAGGAGAAGGCGGCCCUGGAGCAGCCCUGCGAGGGCAGCCUGACGCGGCCCAAGAAGGCCAUCCCUGCGGGCUGCGGGGACGAGGACGAGGAGGAGGACGAGAGCAUCCUGGACACGGUGCUCAAGUACCUGCCCGGGCCGCUGCAGGACAUGUUCAAGAAGUAACCGUCCUCCCGCCCCGGCCCCGCCCGCUCCUUUUCUUCCUGUUUGGUUCUUUCUUUUCUGUUUAUUCAGUUGAGUUUCAGUUCUGGAAAACCUCCGUUGGCCUCUGCCCCCCUUCCCUGGCCAGGGGCUCUCUCACACCCCCUUCAUCCCAGGGUAUCCAGCCCCCACCUCACUCCCAAGUUGCUUGAAAAAGGGAGACCAGCUUUUCCCCAGCAGGAGGCAUUACACCCAGUGCGGGAAGCGCUGGGGGCCUCUUCCGGACGCCUAAGGUCUGUGCUAGUGUGGUAACCCCUGUACAUUCCUUCACGCACCCCACUGCCAGGAGGACCACUGUCCCCAGCCAGCCAAAGUAAUGUCACAUUCCAGCCCUGCCCAGCAUGCUGACCUCGGGCCUCUGACCCCCGGGGGUCUCCAGGUCAGGGCAGGGGCGCUGAGUGGCCCGGCUCCGUGGAGGGGAGUCGGGGUGAGCCUGCCCUGCGAGCGCCCAGCCUGAGGGGCCCUGCUGCACUCUGGGCCGGAGGCUGUGGCCCUCCUUCCCUCCCCAAACCUCCUGCCCUAAAAGGUGUAGCCCCUGCCCAACCAGUCCCUCCACGUGGACCCUCUUUGGACUUGAACUCAUCUGUGGAGGGGCCCAGACUAAGGCAGCUCCUUUCCCCCCACCCUCCACUCGGGUCCUGGGCCCCACUGCCAGUCUGGGCCCAGCCUGCCCAGCCAAGGGGCUGCCCAGGCCCCCUAGAAAACACUUGGAGCCAUUGGGCAGUGAUGGCCCAUGCCAUGGGACCCCCCCCUCCCCAUUGGUGCAGCCAGGCUGCCCCCAUGCCCAUCCACUCUUCUUCCCCACCUGUCCUGUCCACGUGCUUCCAGGACCCGAUGGUCCCCUGGAGGACCCUUCCCGGACAAAGCCCCAAGCCUUUGGGGAGAAGCCAGUCUCCACUUGACAGAAGGCAUCUGUCCAUUCAUCUCAUUGGCCAAGAACAAACUCUCCUCUGGGAUGUGAGACCGACAUUUGUUCCUCCCGCCCCAAAUUUUCAAGGCCUCCUGCUCAGUCAGUUGCAUGAGAACCGGGGGGCCAUGGGGCAAACGAGGGAGGAAAGUGUGUGUCCAUGCAUGCCUGAGUAUGCGUGGCAGCGACUGCAUCAGCAAUUGUGUGUCCAGAGAUUGUAUGUAUAGGUGUCUGGUUAGAGUGUGAGUGUGUGUGUGAGUGUGUGUGUGUGUGUGUGUGUGUGUGUGUUAGUCAUCACGUCCCCGUAUUAGAGACCGUAUGUGUGCUUGUUUGAGGUGGUGUGUAUGAGUUGAGCUGGUGUCUUAUGUGUGCUAGCCAUCUCAUAUGUGUGUUAGAGUUUGCAGGUGUCAGCUUGUAUUUGCCUGUAUUUUCAAAACACCCCGUAUGUCAGGAGUGAUGGUGUGUGUUAGAUGUUGCAGAAAUGUGUGUUUCAGAUUGCUGCUAGAUGUUCUAAGGCUGUUGUGUGCGUGUGUGGCUCUGAAAAGGUAGCUGUGUGCAGAAUGAGGAGUUGGGGAGAGAACAUGGGUGAGACGCCCCCUCUCAUCCCCUGACCAUCGGUCACAAGCAGUCACAUCCAACAGGAGACCUUGUUCUUGGCCUAGAGUCCUCCUGUCCUUGGGGGUUCCUGCCUGAGUCCUCAGAAGUCCACUGGGACAGACCCAGGUCGUGCCCUAAGAAGCCAUGCUGGGUCCCAGCCAGGGCCUACCCCAAAAGCAGGGGCCAGGGAGGGGGCGACUUGCCUGACCCUGAGCCCCUGCCCCACUGGCCCGUUUGCAUUCUGCAGGUUUUCCAUGUUAGUGGAUUUAUGCUUUUAUUUCAGAGACAGACAUGUGUCUCCUCUGUCCGUUUCCAAUAGUUAAAGCCAUAUCAGUUAGACUGCAAUACUUUAAAGACAAGACAAAACAAUCCAUAUGUUUAGGGACCCAGAAAAGUCCCCUGGUCUGUCCCUUCUCUGGGGAGCAGGGCCCCAGCAGCGCCAGCUCCCUGGGCUUCCCCUUCCCUCGCCCCCCCCCACCCACAUCCUGCCCCCCAGGGGGCCUGUGUCUGUGCCUGUGUCUGUGAUGGGGAGCCACCCCGCACCCCUGUUGUCUGCUUGUCUGUUUGUGUCAGUUAUCCUGGGCAGGAUGGUCCUCUCUGGAGCCCUGGAGCAGAGACAGGAAGGACCUGGGCCUCCCCAGACCCUGUAUGUGAGGCACACCAGGGCAGGGGUGGAGCCCAAGUGUUCAGAAAGCUCUCUCCCUUGACAGGCCCACAGACCUUGAAGGUGGGGCCAGGGCAGAGAGUGCCGCUGGGCAGCAGAGACCAAGGCCUGGGAGCUGCCGACGAGCAGGGGAGGAUAACCAUGAAAGCUAGCCCUGGUGGGCCUGAGGGAGCCCCGACCCUCGGAGGGCGUCCCCAGCGCAGGCUCAGGCCUUUUCCCACAUGAGAAUGCCCUCCAGACUGGCUGGCUUCAUCUGGCACACUUCCUAGGCUCGCCAGUCUCCUCCAGCCUGCUCCUGAGCGCAGGACUGGGAGCCUGCCUGGAGGCGGGAACAGGGGAGAACUUCAGCCUGAGGGCACACCUGGCUCCAGCCACUGCCAGGUGACCACUCUUAGGUCCAGGGGGACAAGGUGACUGUCAUUCCUGCCACAGACCUGACUCUGGAGAGAAGCUAACGUGCAGCCCAAAGAGGAUGUCACGUGCAACACACCCGUGGGGGGACAAAGUAUGUGUGGGGUGCUCUAGCAAGGGAAGGAUAACCACAUGGAAUGUCUGGGGCUGGAGGUGUGCAUGGCCCGCUGGAUGGGAGGGGGCAUGACGCACUGGGGAAGUGGGGUGAGGAGGGAGAGACCCCAGAAUGCAGCACACACACAACAUACAUGGGAGACAUCACCCAGCCAGGAGAAUAGGAAGCAUGAUCUCCGUACAUGGAGAGAAGGGAACAAGACGCAAGGGAGCAAGCACCACCCGAUGUGGGGAAGGCCAUGGCCGGGCUGGGUGCCAGGAAGGUCGCUGCCAGAGAGAAGGGACAGGGCCUCUCUGGACCUCCCGCGCAGGGCACUGGGGACAGGCCUAGAUUUCCACAUGUGGAAUUCUCCGCUCUACGUCCUUCCCAGCAAAGCUGUGGAGGGUCUCCUCCAAACUCAAGGACAAGGUCAAGAGACCUUCCUGGGGCGUGCGUGCGUGCGUGUGUGCGUGUGUGUUGAUAGAUAGAUUGAUAGAUAAAAGAGUGAAGAGGAGGAAGGAGAAGGAGAAAGAGAGAUGAAGAAAAGAGGUGUUUCAGCCCAGGGCCCUCAGGUGGGACAGCUGAUGGGCAAAGCAGCCGCCCCAAAGGCCAGUGGUUAGAGUGAACAGGGGCAGAUCUCCAGCCCCAGAGACCCUGGCACCCAGCUGGCAGGGCCACGUAUGCCCUCCACCCAGUUGCUCCGUCCUUCCAGGGUCCCGCAGCCCUUGACCGCACAGGGGCUGGGGGCCCGACUGGCUCAGAUGAAGGGACGUCUCCCAAGCCUGAGAACCGCCUCCCCGCACCUGCCCUGCUCCCCUCUUCGCUCCUAUUGCCCACCCUCUUCACGGCGGAGAGCUGGGAGGUGCUCACGCUGGCCCCGGGGCGGGGUCCUAGCGAGACGAGGUGAGGACGACCAUCCUGCUCACGCGGGGAUCCUUUCCCCACAUCUGUGCUGUGUCCUUGUUGCUCUGCUUCCUUUACACGUGUCAGUGCCUGGGGGAGGGGAGGGGCACCCCCUCAUGCCCCCCUGAACCUGACCAAAAGCCAUGGCUGUUGCUCCCCCUUUGUAUGACGCAGAUGCUAAGAUGUACCAAACCAACCAUGACAACCAAGAAAAGACCUUGUACAGCA